AUGAGUGGAGAUCCUUUGAGGCACAACCAAAGUCUCCAUUGCCAGUACCACCAAGACCGAGGACAUACCACCGAGGAUUGCCGAACAUUGUGGAACCAUCUGGAGCAACUGGUUAAGGAGGGGAAGUUACAACAAUUUCUGUAUCGACCCAACGAAUUGGGGGACCAGUCAAGAUCAGGGGCUCAGGGGAAUGCUUCUUUAAGGCCCCCGUUAGGUACAAUUAAUGUCAUUUUUGCUGCGCCUGGGAGAACUGGUUCUCAACCUGACAGGAUGAUGUCUGUGGCCAGGUCAUUGACCGAGGAUCCUAACUCCGAGCCGAAGAGAGCUAGAUUGGAAAUCCGACCUUCAUUGAGUUUCUUAGACGAAGACAAGAUUGGAACUAUCCAACCACAUGAUGACGCUUUAGUGGUCACCCUUGGAAUAGCGGGGUAUGAUGUGAAAAUGGUAAUGGUAGACCAGGGCAGUUGUGUAGAAGUCAUGUAUCCUGACUUGUACAGAGGACUAAACUUAAAAUUUGAAGACUUGACAGCUUACGAUUCGCCUUUGGCCGGUUUAGAGGUAGUGGAAGUGGACUUCAUAGUGGUGGAUGCGUAUUCCCCCUACACGGCUAUUGUGGCCAGAUCCUGGCUUCACACUUUGGGUGUUGUUUCAUCAAAUUUGUAUCAGAAGGUGAAGUAUCCAUCCGGAGACCGGAUUGAGGAGCUGGUAGGGAACCAAUCCAUGGCUAGGCAGUGCCUCGUGUCUACAAUUUUGCAUCAGCCAGCAGCUGAGUCCUCGGCUAUGGUUAAGGAAGGUUUAUAG